AAAAUGGACAAAGUAGUGGUAUAGUUACAAAUGCCUUUAUAGCAAUUACAUCGGUUUAUCAAACUGUUUUUGGUACCAAAGCAAAAUUUUCAGACCUUGCAUAUUUAGGUUUAGAUCAAGAGAAAACAACACAAAAACUAUUAGAAAAUGUUACUUUUUAUCCCUUUAUUAUUCAAAUAAACAAUAUUUCUAUUUUUGUUAGUUCGCUUG